GAGAUCGACUGCGUUUGCCUGGCCGUGUCCGCGCUCUCUGAGCACUUCUCUCGGGCUGCCCUCCGUACCCCGGCCGGCUGCGGGGCCCCCAGCACCAUGUCUGUGAGCGAGAUCUUCGUGGAGCUGCAGGGCUUCCUGGCCGCGGAGCAGGACAUCCGAGAGGAAAUCCGAAAAGUUGUACAGAGUUUAGAGCAAACAGCUCGAGAGAUUUUGACUCUCCUUCAAGGGGUCCAUCAGGGUGCUGGGUUUCAGGACAUUCCAAAGAGGUGCUUGAAAGCUCGAGAACAUUUUGGUACAGUGAAAACACAUCUCACAUCUUUGAAGACAAAGUUCCCUGCUGAACAGUACUACAGAUUUCAUGAGCACUGGAGGUUUGUGUUGCAACGCCUGGUCUUCUUGGCAGCCUUUGUUGUGUAUUUGGAAUCAGAAACACUAGUGACACGAGAAGCGGUUACAGAAAUUCUUGGCAUUGAGCCAGACCGGGAGAAAGGAUUCCAUCUGGAUGUUGAAGAUUAUCUCUCAGGAGUUCUAAUUCUGGCUAGUGAACUGUCUAGGCUGUCGGUGAACAGUGUGACUGCUGGAGACUACUCCCGGCCCCUUCACAUCUCCACCUUCAUCAAUGAGCUGGAUUCUGGGUUUCGCCUUCUCAACCUGAAGAAUGAUUCAUUGAGGAAGCGCUACGAUGGCUUGAAAUAUGAUGUGAAGAAAGUAGAAGAGGUGGUCUAUGAUCUUUCCAUCCGUGGUUUCAAUAAGGAAAUGGCCGCUGCUUCUGUAGACAAAUAGGCUCUCUCCCUGCCCUGGCCCUGUUUACCUCAACGGCUGCCAGUGAGAGUGAGCACAGUGCCGCUUAGAGGAGUUUGGAUGCCCAGUUGCUAAACACUACGCUUUAUUUUCUUAACCAGUUGUGGUGUAUCAGAAGUAAAACAUCUUUGGUGGUUAAAAAAAAAGCAAGGGCAGACUUUUCUUUAUUGUUUCAGUGAAUUUGCUCUGUAAUUCCAUGUGUUUUAGUGUGUCAAGAAGUGUAAAUGUCAACCUCUUGGUAAAGCCCUUUUCUUGUGUAUUGAUACCAGUAUAAUCUUGAUGUGUUGUUCAGUUUAUUGUCUUGUUUGUAACCCUUCCAGACAUGACGUUUGAUGUUUUCUAUAUUCCAAGUUAGCCAUCUAGACACAGGUGUGACCUGGAUAGAGUGUUAAAUAAUUAAAAAGAAUGAUUGCCAAUUAGAGGCAAUGAAUAAAUUAUUUUAUAUUCUUCCUGAUUGUAAGCCUUGUGAGUAAAUCCAAUGUUGAAUUUUUUUUACAAGAGAAACUGGGUUGGGCGUAGGGGUGGGUCUUUCACUGCCAUGAGGAUACAGGAGAAGCCAACUGCAAAGGCAGGCUCAACAGGUUAUUAGGAAGUUCGUAUAGUAAAGAGCUUAGUAAGGUCUUGUUGCAAGCUGUGUUUUAAGGAACACUGCCAAGUGGGGAGCAGGGUUUAAUGUUUUAAAACACAUCUGUCUGAUGUUGCCUUAACAGUCUAUUGGAAAGCAAAUGUGUGUUAAUCUUAAUAAUCACACACAUCUUGAACUUAAUGGGUCAAUUAGGGUAUUUUGAAAAGUUCAUGAAAAACGUAAUUAGAAGAAAAUGUGAUUUUUUCCACGAACUUUAAAGAACCCUUGUGAAACCCCUCCACCUUUUAGCAACUACCUAACGUUUUAAUCUGAGAGCAUAAAGCCAUUUACGUGCAUUAAUUAACAAUGCCCUAACUAAUGUAUCCUUUGAGAAAAUGCCAUGCUUUGUGGGGAAGGAAGUUCAGCUUGAUUUUUUUUUUUUUUUAAGAGUAAGAACAUUCAGUUGUUGAUGGCUAUCCUAACAGAAAUCCUUACAGUUUGAGCCAAGUCAUUUAAAUCCUAGUGGCCCUACUCAUUUCAGAUCGUGCUAAGACUUUCUACCGGGUAAUUUGCUGUGGGCUCUUCAUUUGGAAGUAACCUGUUGACUUAAUCCAUAGUCCUUUGGAGCUCACUAGAAGGAAGGUGCUUAACGUUUCAGAAUAAUAUGAAGUGUUUAGAAAUGUCACCUUAUGCCCAAUCCUAAUAUUAGUCUCUUGUUUAUAUGGUAGGGUAUUUGGCAUUGCCACAAGAGAUUUUUAUGUCGGGCUGAAAGGACUGACUAACCCAAAGAAGAUAGAAAUGAGGUAUCACUGAAUUUUAGUACCGCUUUCUUGAUAGAUCCUUCUGCACAAGAUCUUGUUUAAUGAAAAGUGUUAGGUUCAUAAAAGUGCCUGAGAUAGUUACCGAAAAUGUACUAGAGUAACUGCUGAAUUGAGCAUAAAAACUUAGUGAUGUGAUCAGACAGAUGCACGAGAUUUGAUAAUGGUUUCUGCUUCUGUAAGUACUGAUUGUGCUUAAGAAUAUUAAAACUUUUGGCAGAAGUUCUAAAUUUUAGUUUUAACAUAUUUUAAGAGAAUUAGUACAUUCAUGUUUUGUCAUUCUGUUAGAAUUCAGAAAUGCCAUGUUUAUAAUUACUCAACUGUGUUGCUGGCUUGUAAAGCAAUAAAAACUUUUUUUUUUGGUC